AGGAGCCCGCGGUGACAGACUCAAGGUGCAGUGCACAGGAAAAUCCCGUCGCUGCGUUUUGAAAUCCAUCUGUUUUACAGCCUGCACAGGAUUCAAUCAACUUUUGGACUGAGACUUCACUUGAGUGAUCUUGGAUCGGAAUUCGGGACCUGCUCUUGGUGCCCACUGAGUCCAUAAAGAUGAGGGUGGCAGCGGCGUGCAGCUCUCUGCUGAUACUCGCGCUGGGAUGCCUGGUUUCCCUGCCCGUACAGGGCCAAGUUUCAUCCCCAAGAAGACUGCGUUUUAAAGUACUGGGCACAGAUAAACUCAGUGUGUCCUGGAAAGAGCCCAAGGGAGACUUUGAUGGCUAUAGGGUUAUCUAUGGUCCAGAAUCAGGGGGAGAGGAGAAGGAGAUCCGCGUGUCUAAGGCGGAAGGCAAGACUGUGAUCGAAGGCUUUAACCCCAGCCAGGAGUAUAACUUUAAAGUGGUGGCUUUGAGAGGGGGAAAGGAGAGCAAACCACUCACCGGACAAUAUAAGGUACAAGGGGCCGACACAAACAAUGUAAACGUGCCACAGCCACAGAAACACCAGAAAGAUCCCUCGCCUAAUGAGGAGGACAAUGAGAUCAGAGAAGUGUUCACUUGUAAGAUCCCGGCUACUGCCGACAUCGUGAUCCUGGUGGAUGGCUCCUGGAGUAUCGGCCGCAUCAACUUCCGCCUGGUCAGAGCCUUCCUGGAGAACCUGGUCAGCGCUUUCAACGUUGGCGCAGACAAGACCAGAAUUGGUCUGGCACAGUACAGCGGUGACCCGCGUAUUGAGUGGCAUUUGAAUGCCCACACGUCCAAAGAGUCUUUGAUUGAUGCUGUGAAGAACCUGCCAUACAAAGGAGGCAACACACUUACUGGACUGGCCCUGACGUACAUCUUGGAGAACAGCUUCAAGACGGAGGCGGGCGCCCGUACGGGGAUCCCCAGGAUCGGCAUCCUGAUCACCGACGGCAAAUCACAAGACGACGUGCAGCCUCCAGCGCAGAGCCUCAAAGACGCUGGAAUAGAGCUCUUCGCCAUCGGUGUGAAGAACGCGGACGAGAACGAGCUGAAGGCCAUCGCGUCCCCUCCUCAGGAGACGCACGUGUACAACGUGGCCGACUUCAGUGACAUGAACAGCAUCGUGGAGGGCCUCACCCGCGUCAUCUGCGACCGCGUGGAGCAGCUCAACAAGGCCAUAAACCCCACCAUCGAGGAAGUGGUGCCGGACGUUCCUUCCCCUCCGCGUGACCUUGUGACCUCUGAGGUGACGGCCAGGAGUUUCCGGGUCACCUGGACGCACGCCACCGGAGCCGUGGAGAAGUACCGCGUGGUCUACUACCCAGCCAAGGGAGAGAAGCCAGAAGAGGUGGUGGUUAGCGGCAGUGAGAACACGGUGGUUCUGCGCUACCUGAACUCUCUGACGGAGUACCAGGUGGCCGUGUUCGCCGUCUACAGCAACUCCGCCAGCGAAGCCCUCCGCGGCACAGAGACUACACUGGCGCUGCCCAUGGUGGACAAGCUGGAGCUGUUUGACGUGACCCACAGCAGCAUGCAGGUGCGCUGGAGAGGUGCGGAGGGGGCGUCAGGGUACAUGAUCCUCUACGCCCCCCUCACAGAGGGAGAGGCCGCCGACGAGAAGGAGGUGAAAGUGGGCGAGUCGGUGACAGAGAUCGAGCUGGAGAGUUUGACCCCUGACACUGAGUACACGGUGACGGUGUACGCCAUGUACGGAGACGACGCUAGCGACCCCAUGACGGGACAGGAGACCACACUGCCCCUCUCCCCAGCGCGUAACCUGCACAUCUCGGAGAUCAGCCACAGCUCUGCCAAGCUGGACUGGGAUGAAGCAUCUCGUAAGGUCAGAGGCUACCGCAUCGCGUACGCCAUCGCAAGAGGCGGACCGAGCAGCGAGCACGAGGUGCGGCGCGUCACCUCCUACGUGCUGAGGAACCUGACGUCUCUGACGGACUACAAUGUGGCCAUCUACGCCCAGUACGACGAGGGCGACGCAGAGGCACUCAAGGGCAUCUUCACCACCAAGACCGUCCCUGAGCCCCUGAAUGGUGUUACCAAAGACCCCACCAUGACCAGCUUCCGGGUCAGCUGGCAGCAUCCCGCCAACGACGUGGUCCUCUACAAGAUCCUGUGGGGAGAGAGCGACGGGGAGGGAGACGUGGAGGAGGUGAUGGUGAACGCCCAAACAAACACGUAUCUCAUAACCGGCCUGAAGUCGCUCACGGAGUACGAGGUGUCUCUCUCAGCCAUCUACAACGACGAGUCGGAGAGCGAAUCGGUCAUUCUUCUGGAAACCACUGCUCCAGGAAUCACAACUGUUAGACCUACCACAACCACAACCACAACUACGGCUGCAGUGGUGCGGCAGGCGGUGAGGAACAUGCAGAUCAGCGAGGAGACCACCUACGGCUUCCGCGUCUCCUGGGAGAUGCAGGACGCCAACGUGCGCCAGUACCGCGUCUCCUACGUCACCGCGCAGGGUGACCGCGCAGAGGAGGUGAAAAUGGUCCCAGCGCAGCAGAAGACGAUCUUGCUGCAGUCUCUGCUCUCCGACACAGAGUACCGGGUCACUGUCAACCCCGUCUAUGCGGAGGGACCCGGCCCUGUGAUGACCCGUAUGGGCCGCACCUUGCCCCUCACUGCGCCCAGGAAUCUGCGAGUGUCGGAGGAGUGGUACAACCGCUUCCGCGUGACAUGGGAUACGCCACCAUCUCCCACCAUGGGCUACAGGAUCGUCUACCAGCCUAUCUCAGCGUCGGGCCGUGCGCUGGAGACCUUUGUUGGUGAGGACGUGAACACCAUCCUGAUCCUGAACCUGCUGACGGGCACGGAGUACAGCGUCAAGGUCAUCGCGUCCUACACCACCGGCUCCAGCGAAGCACUCAUGGGCAAGGCCAAGACCUUGUACCUGGGCGUGAGUAACCUGAAGGCGUACCAGGUGAGGACCACCAGCAUGUGUGCCCAGUGGCAGCCCCAUCGCCAUGCCACCCUCUACCGAGUCCUCAUCGAGUCACUGCGCAACGGGGAGAAGCAGGAGGUGUCGCUGGCAGGCGGUGCUCAGAGACACUGCUUCAGCAACUUGUCGCCCAACAUGGACUACAAGAUCACCGUCUACACCCAGCUGCAGGAAACCGAGGGACCCGCAGUCACCACCAUCCAGAAAACAAUUCCCCUGCCUACCGCUGCCCCGACGAAACCCACCACCACCCCGCCCCCUCCCACCGUUCCGACGGCCAGAGAAGUGUGUAAGGCAGCCAAGGCAGACCUGGUGUUCCUGGUGGAUGGCUCGUGGAGUAUUGGAGACGACAACUUCCACAAGAUCAUACGCUUCCUGCACAGCACCACCGGCGCACUCGACCAGAUCGGCCCAGAGGGCACGCAGGUGGCUAUUGCUCAGUUCAGCGAUGACGCCAGGACGGAGUUUAAACUCAACUCGUAUAACAAUAAGGAGCGGCUGCUGGACGCUAUCCAGCGCAUCACUUACAAAGGAGGCAACACUAAAACAGGCAAGGCGAUUAAGCAUGUGAAGGACUCUAUCUUCACGGUGGAGGGGGGCAUCAGGCGUGCGGUGCCCAAGGUGCUGGUGGUCCUCACGGACGGCCGCUCCCAAGACGACGUGCACAAGGUCUCCAAGGAGAUGCAGGUCGAAGGUUACAUCGUUUUCGCCAUCGGUUUUGCGGACGCUGACUACGGAGAGCUGGUGAGCAUGGCCAGCAAGCCCAGCGAGAGGCACGUGUUCUUCGUGGACGACCUGGACGCUUUCAAGAAGAUUGAGGAGAAACUGGUGACGUUUGUGUGCGAAUCCGCAUCAGCAACUUGUCCAUCAGUGCCAAUGAGGGGCAGUACUAUUCCAGGUUUCCGGAUGAUGGAGGUGUUUGGGCUGACCGAGGCGCAGUACAGUAACAUCGAUGGCGUCUCCAUGGAACCCGGAACCUUCAACAGCUUCCCUUGUUUCAGACUCCACAAGGACACCUCUCUAGUCCAGCCCACUAGGUAUAUACACCCUGAGGGCCUGCCCUCAGACUACACCAUAGCCAUGCUCUUUCGGCUGCUGCCUGAGACGCCAAUGGAGGCCUUCUCACUAUGGGAGGUCCUCGACAAGGACAACCAGCCCCUCGUCGGGGUCAUUCUAGACCAUGGUGCGAAGACGCUCACCUUCUUCAACCAUGACUACCGCGGGGAGUUCCAGACGGUUAGCUUCGAGGGACCCCAGAUCAAGAAGCUAUUCUUCAACAAUUUCCACAAGCUUCACCUGGUCGUGAGCAAGACGUCGGUGAGGGCCAUGAUAGACUGCCAGCUGGUGGGGGAGAAGGCGGUGAACGCGGCCGGCAACAUCACCACCGAUGGGGUGGAAGUGCUGGGCAGGACCACGCGCUCCCGCGGGGCCAAGGACAGCUCUGCACCCUUCCAGCUCCAGUCAUUUGACAUUGUGUGCAGCACAUCCUGGGCCAGUCGGGACAAGUGUUGUGAUCUUCCUUCCCUGAGGAAGGAGGAAGAUUGCCCUGCACUCCCCCGCGCCUGCACCUGCACCCAGGACAGCAAGGGUCCCGCAGGUCCCCCUGGACCACCUGGUGGCCCAGGGAUCAGAGGAGCAAGAGGAGACCGAGGGGAACCAGGCCCUGUGGGUACAGGUGGUCCAGUGGGAGAUGCUGGUAUGCCGGGAGCGCAGGGUCCUCCCGGUCCCCAGGGCCCCAGUGGAAGGACCAUCAUCGGGCCACCGGGUGGUCCAGGUGAACGUGGCCAGAAGGGAGACUCGGGUCUUCCAGGAACUCAGGGCAACCCAGGAGGAACAGGCCCACGCGGAAAUGGAGGCGCGCCUGGACCAAGGGGCGAGACGGGCAAAGACGGACCUCAAGGCCGACAGGGUCCUCCAGGAAGCAUCGGUGGGCCCGGAGCCCCUGGGCAACCCGGCCAAACUGGACCACCUGGGCCCACAGGACAACAAGGCCCGCCUGGUCCCGCCGGAGUCAAAGGAGAGAGAGGAGAACGAGGUGAUGUCCAGUCCACAUCACAAGUUCAGGAGAUUGCCCGGCGAGUCUGUGAACAGCUCAUAAAUAGCCACAUGUCUCGCUUCAACUCCAUCAUCAACCACGUCCCGAGUGCGCCGGUGUCGGUGCGCACGGUGCCCGGGCCCCCAGGAGAGCCCGGCAGGCCCGGAGCCCGCGGGGCCCAGGGAGAGCAGGGGCCCGCCGGACGACCCGGAUUCCCAGGAUCCAAUGGAGAGAACGGAGUGCCAGGAGCCAGAGGCUCCCCGGGAGAGAAGGGCGAGAAGGGCCCCCAGGGCGUAGGAGUGCAAGGCCCCCGAGGACCCACUGGGCCCCCAGGUCCGCCAGGAGAAGGCAGGACUGGCAGCACCGGCCCAUCUGGUCGCCCUGGCAACCCUGGUUCCCCUGGCCGACCCGGUAUUCCGGGCCAGGUGGGACCAGCUGGGCCGCCUGGAUACUGUGACCAGAACUCCUGCGUGGGCUACAACAUAGGAGAGGAAGAAACUGAAGAGAUGUCUCCCCGGGGUAUGUCUGUAGCCCAAGUGCCCAGCUCCUACCAGCCAUACGACCCCAGUAUCCAUGGCGAAGUGGAGGACGAUGCCUCGUACGCAUACCGCGUGGCCUACGGCUCCGAGUACUACCAGCCCAACUACCCUGCGCCCAGGGCCGUUUCACCCGACGACCCGCUCCUGGACGCCACCGCAGAGCUCCGCUCCCCCGGCGUCCAUCGCUCCUCGCGCAGCCUGGCCGAGGUGGUGGAGAAGGCCAGAGAGGCGGGAGAGGAGCGCCGCCCCGUUGGUCAGGAGGGAGAUGUGCGGACUGCGGACCUCCACUGAUUUGAUUUUUUUAGUCAGUCGGUCGGUCAGCCAGCCGCUCGGUGAAAACACAAAGCCCACCUGCUAGGACUCAGUGGCACACACACACGCACGCAUACAUAUGCACACAGGUGUGAUAGAGAGAGAGAG